AUGGCUUUUGUGCCACCUCGAGCCGUUGCAGCUCGAAGUGUCCAAUCAUUAGAAGAAUAUAACACACCCCGAGCACCCCUACGUCGUCAAGUGUCUUUAGAUGAAGAACGCCGUGAUGAUUGUCAGGGGCACUGGAGAGGACCGUACCUUGAGGGUGAAGAAGAAGAGAAGGGGGUUAGGCUUUUCAGAGCGAUGUUACUCCAGCAUUUGAGACUGGAGGAACUCCGACCGCCACCUUGUAUGAUGGUUCCUGCUAAUCCUGACCAAAGAGGUUGGUGGAUGUACUGGAGAGAUUGGAGGGCGCUAGAAAGAGCGGCUUUAAGAUUUCGAGAUACAAAAGCGAGAGCUCGGCUCGCAGCCAGGGCGGAACAUAUUCCAUUGUUAUGUUUGGAUGAAGUCGAAUUUGAAGAUAUUAUGCAGGAGAUAUGUCAGGCUUGUGUUCACAUAGAACAGCGAGCGUUGCUUGUGCUAGCGUUUUUAUGUGAAGUGGUUGGUCGAGCUGUUAGGGUGGGCGGCUGGUGCAGGGCGGCGGAUUGGGCGGCACGCCAUGUCGCACAGUGCGCUACACCCUGGGCUAUACGGCAUGGUGGAUGGAGUGCAGUCGUAGACCGCGCGGGCGGCACACGUAGAGAAGAAACGAUACUUGCCGGUGCGGCAAUCGCUGCUCUGCUAGCAUUCCUACUAUUUUGCCGUACUCGCCUUCGGGAUGCCUUACUA